CUUGGAUACAAACAAUGGACUCUAACAUGACUAUUGUGAGACCAGCAUACUUCGUUAUCAGUGGCUUUUCAGGAAUCCCUCAUGUUGACUACUACUAUUUAUUUUUACUGGUGCUCUACAUCAUGUCAGUGGUGGAAAACAGUGUAGUGAUGGCCUUGAUAUGCUUAGACCAGAGUCUCAAGACUCCAAAGUAUAUUGCUGUGUUUAACUUGGCGUUUGUAGACGUGGUCGGCAGUUCCUCCCUGGUGCCCAAGGUUAUCGACACGUUCUGGUUCGACCACAAGUACAUCACGUACAGCAACUGCUUAACUUAUGAGUUUUUUAAUUAUAUGACCCUCACCAUGCAGUCUCUUAAUCUGGUUGUACUCUCCUUCGACAGGCUAGUGGCGAUCAGCUUUCCAUUACGUUAUCAGAUCAUUGUGAGUCUGAAGACCAUGUUCUCACUGAUAGCUGCUUGCUGGAUUAUUGCCAUCCUUGUCAACUUGAUAGCUGUAGGGCUUCUAACACGACUGUCCUACUGCAGGUCUGUUGUUAUCGACAGCUAUUUCUGUGACCAUGCACCACUUUAUCGACUCGCCUGCAAUGACAAUCGGCCUAAUUUUAUACUUGCCAAAGUGUUACCAGCUAUUAUUCUUUGGGUUCCAUUGCUGUUUGUCUUGAUCACUUACACGUCCAUUGGUGUUGCUCUGUCUAAAAUAGCUGGAGCCCAUGAUAGAAUGAAGGCUUUCAAAACAUGCAGUGCUCACAUGAUUUUAGUGGCAAUCUAUUACUUACCAAUUCUAUUCACUUUGGCUUUGUAUGCUAAAGUGCCUCCAAAUGUCAGGAUCAUUAAUAUGUCUCUCGCUGCUGUCCUACCUCCAGUGUUGAACCCACUCAUUUAUGUUUUACAGACUCAGGAAAUUAAACAGUCUCUGAAAAAAGUGUGCAAAAGAAUAAAACGAUCAAAAAUUGCUAUGAAAUAGAAGAUCCAAAUGUAAUAUUUUAUUCAAGAUAUUGUGUUGUAUGGUGCAUACUUUGAUACGUUUGUUGUUGAAUGCAAGUGAGGGAUUACAUGCAAGUAUGUAAAUGUCAUUGACUUCUGCAAUAUGUAAGAUUGAGGCCCUCACAGUUAGUAGGCGAGAGACUUUCAGCUCAAUAACAGAGUUCUCUUCACUCUAACUGCUCUAAUAGCUAGGCAAGCCGGGAGGCCUGAGUGGGAGGGGUUAGGGACUGUUGAUAUGAAGCAUCUUGCAAACAGAGGUAUGGUCUGGCAAACAUUGUUCAUAGCAACUAUAUUGGUUUGAGGAUGCUAUCGAUUAUAUUAUUGACAUUUUUCCUGCCGAUAAAAUGACAGAAUUACCAAAUAAUUAGCUCAAUAUCAUUACAUUUUGCACAUUGAAUGUGUCUUGUUUACAUUGAGAACAGCCAAGCACAUGAUUCUGUUUGUACAAUAAAGUGUAAAAACUAUUUUUAAAUAACCAGGGGCAUUUAUUAUGUGUAAAUAAAUCAAAGUGAAAUAUAAAAAAGGGUUAAGGCUUUUCUUUUAAAUGAAAAGACUUGCGUUACUGUGUAUAUACGAUUGUCUGAGGUUUGUACAUACAAUAUCUUAAUCCAGGCUUAUCAUAUGUUUGGUUUAAUAAAGUAUUUCUAAGCAGAAAGAAUGUCUCUGACAAGAAUUAACUAACCCAGGGCUUUGGUCAUGCAAGCAAGAAAAAUAUUGUGUCCGGGCGGGACUUCUUCUCCUUCUUUGGUUUAUUGGCGGCUGGCAAACCAAUGUUAAAAGGUGCAUGCUGCUGACUACUAUUCAUCGAAUAACAAAUAUGAUCAAGAUCAUCAUUAUCUAUAAUCUUUUCAUCAAUUAAUAUCAGCAUACUACUCCAUGUGCCACCUUUAAUAUUCAUGCAUUUUGCAGUUGCAAUAUCAUUUUAUUGACCCAGGUGUUUAUGAAUAGGGUUCAAUUUCAAUUCAAUUUCAUUUGUAUAUUUCCAUGGGAAUCACUCCUGAGCAGGGCCGUGCACAGACAUUGCUGUGGGAAGUACGAGGACAUCAAUCCCCCUGUUGUAGUGAUGACAGAAUGAUAAUGAUUCUGUUCAAUCUGAUAUAUUUACAAUGAUGCUGAUAUAAACAAAUGAAUCUGCAGUAGUUAAAACUACAACAAUAAUACAGCUAUCAUGGAAAAGUAAACACCAAAGAAAUAAAUGUAAGCCGUUUCUCAAUUUGCGUUCUUUUCUGUACUUGUGUACUUGCGUUCUUGUGAAAGGUCAUCAGUGGUAGCCCAAGUACUGUUCCAAUUAAAAGUUUGCAUCAAGUCAAGUAUAGUCUACCAACCUGGAAAUGUUCUUGAUUCGUUCUUAAACUGGCCAUUCCAUCGAGGAUGCAUUUCCCCGCUUAGUAUCUUUUCAUUUAUACAAAUGACACUGACAUCUGUCAAAAACCUACCUAUAUACCAUUUACAUAUAGAGUCCUAUUUAUAAAAUAUAUAUUUGUA